CUCCAGGCUGAGCCCCCCCUGCUCCCUCAGCCGCUCCUGGGCUCCACUCCUUCCCAGCUCCGUUCCCUUCCCUGGACAGCUCAAUGUCCGUCUUGCAGUGAGGGGCCCAAACUGGGCCCAGGGCCUGAGUGCGGGGCCACGCCAACAACCAUUGCCCACUUUGGCUCAUGUUCAGCUGCUGUCGACCAGCCCCUCUGGAUCCCUUUCCACUGGGAAAAUAUGAGAAUUUUGGCCUUUUUCCUGUACCUUUCUCUCAUUCUGGAAAUGGGAGCGUUUUCCCUUUCCCAGCCCUGUGUUUCCUCUGAGAGACACGACCCCUGCGCCCAUCACAGCCUCCUGGUUCACCGGGUUCCUCUUCCUGCACCACAACAAGAGUCUUCCGAGCAAGGCCAGGCAAACAGCUGCUGAUAACACAACUUCCAGGUUGCUCUUGCCAAGGCCGGGCGCGGGGCCGCUGAACGCCGGGCUCAGACGAGCGCCCCGUGUUUGUCUGUGAACCCUGGCAGCGACACCCGCCCGAUGGGGCCUUGGUGCCAUGGUACAGCCUGGGCUAAUGACUCUGUUUAUCCUGUUUGGGUAAUCCUGAUAAGGCCACGCCGAUUCAUUGAGAAAAACGGCCGUUGACCGCGCCUGGCCCGGCCAAUCAGCCCAGCAACAACGGGGUUGGUCGGCUGGAUUUAAUGAGGGCCGCUUAAUCAGGGCGGUCAAGGCUGCCGAGGGGUGUUCACUGUGACCCGGCCUUAUAAGAGCUGGCUGGAGCAGCCAGGGGCUGGCAGAGCCGGCAGGACGGGGCCAAUCCAGCCCGUGAUAUUCUGGAAGGGAUUUUGCGUCUCUCUGGACGAGGAGCUGGCGGAGCCAUGAGCGCCGGCGUGGAGGCAGGCUGCGAGAGGUGCCGGUGCCAGGGCCUGGAGAGGCAGCCCGCCAUCCUGUACACCCUGCUGAGCCAGGAGCUGCGGCCCCGGCAGCGCUGCCCGUGCCGGCAGCGCCGCGCCGUCUGCCUGCGCACGCCGCAGCUCACCUGCCGCGCCGCCUCCCACGUGCUGCUCAAAACCAUCCGCUUCGUCAAGAACGUCGCUGCCUUCCGCCUGCUGCCGCGCCAGGACCAGCUGCUGCUGCUGGACAGCGGCUGGGUGCCGCUCUUCCUGCUGGGGCUGGUGCAGGAGAUGGUGACCUUCGAGGUGAUGGAGGCGCCGGCGCCCAGCAUGCUCAAGAAGAUCCUGCUCAGCGGCCAGAGCAAGGGGCAGGAGCCCGAGGGGACACAGCCCACGCUGGCGGCCGUGCAGAGGCUGCAGGGCUGCCUCGACAGCUUCUGGAGGCUGGACCUGAGCCCCAGCGAGUUCACCUACCUGAGGGGAGCCAUUCUCUUCAAUCCAGACGUGCCGGGGCUGAGGGCUGCCCUGUACAUCGAGAGCCUGCAGUGGGAGGCGCAGCGGGCGCUGCGGGAGCUGCCGCACGCCGAGCACCAGGCGCGCUUCUCGCACAUCCUGCGGCUCGCCGCCUCGCUGGGCUCCAUCCCCGCCGCCCUGGUCACGGCGCUCUUCUUCCGACCCGUCAUCGGGGACGCGGCCAUGGGCGAGCUGCUGGCCGAGAUGCUGUUCGAGGUGUCGGGCUGGCCGCGGGCGCCCUGGCUGCCCCUGCCCCGCUGAGCAGGGACAGGAACGCUCCGGACCUGCGGGAGCCCUGCGGGAUCUCCGUGUGCCACUGGCCCUCCGGACCUGCGGGAUCUCCGUGUGCCACUGGCCCUCCGGACCUGCGGGAUCUCUGUGUGCCCAGGCUGCGGGAGCCCUGCGGGAUCUCCGUGUGCCCAGGCUGUGGGAGCCCUGCGGGAUCUCCGUGUGCCCAGGCUGAGGGAGCCCUGCGGGAUCUCCGUGUGCCCAGGCUGGGGGAGCCCUGCGGGAUCUCCGUGUGCCCAGGCUGAGGGAGCCCUGCGGGAUCUCCGUGUGCCCAGGCUGGAGGAG